CAGUAGUGUGCAUUAGCUGGUCAAAAUUUUAAAAAGUUAGAAGAUAGUUAAUAUAUAUUUUUGCAUUCAAAUUUAUGAGUUUGGUGAUCAGUUACGUACUGAGGAUGAAGGAGAUGAAGGUGCUAAGGAAAAAUGCCAGACCUUUUAUAUAACAAACUGGGAGAUCAACGGUGCUAUUCACUAACGUAUGGAAAAAAAGGAACGUUGUUAUUCAUUCUGACAUUAGCCCGUAGAUAGAUUUAUAGGUAAACUUUCUGACUGAGUAAGUAGCUUAAGUGAGAAUCAUAGGGUCACACAACUUAGGACCAUAUCUUUUCAAUACUCUGACAUUUACUUUUAAGUGAACGCUCCAAGGUCACUUACACAAAAAAUGUAGUUAUGAGCUCAUCAUUGUAAAAGAACCUGCAACAAAUACAAGAUUAUUGGGAUGAAAUACUUUCUACCCAUUUAUUUUUUCAGUUAUUAACAUAAAUUCCCUCCCUUUGUUUAUUGUUGUAUUUCAUUAAAUCACCUUGCCUGUGUUGACAAAUUAUUUUUUCUUCUCUUCCCUUCUCCUACUCCUCUUUCUUUUUCAUCUUCUCCUCUUCCUCUUCCUCUCCUUCUACCUCCUCCUUCUUUUUCUUCUCAAUUUAGGAUCUAGACAUUGAAGGACUAUGGGCCAAAACAAUGAUAGUUCUCUAAAUGGUUUUGUUCUGCUUGGCUUCUCUGAUCAUCCCAAACUGGAGAUGUUGCUGUCAGGAGUUGUCACCAUCUUCUAUUUAAUUAUAUUGGCGGGUAACAUAGCAAUCAUUCUUGCAUCUCUUCUGGAUUCCCACCUGCACACACCAAUGUAUUUUUUCCUCAGGAAUUUAUCUUUCCUAGACCUGUGUUUCACCACCUUCAUACCCCAGAUCCUUGUUAACUUGUGGCGGCCUAAUAAGACCAUCACCUUUGUGGGCUGUGUCAUUCAACUCUAUGUUUAUAUGUGGUUGGGCUCCAUUGAGUGCCUUCUCUUGGCUGUUAUGUCCUAUGAUCACUUUAUAGCUAUUUGUAAACCCUUGCAUUAUUUGGUAAUCAUGAAUCCACACCUAUGCCUCAAGAUGAUUAUCAUGGUAUGGGGUAUUAGCUUGGGCUGUUCUCUAGCAUUAUGUUCACUUACCUUGAAUUUACCUAGAUGUGGAAACAACACUUUAAAUCAUUUCUUGUGUGAAUUGCCAGCUAUGAUCAAGAUCGCAUGUGUAGACACAACGGCAGCUGAAAUGUCUGUUUUUGCUUUAGGCAUUAUCUUUGUCCUUACACCCCUGUUCCUUAUUCUUAUAUCCUAUGGUUACAUUGCUCGAGCUGUGCUAAGAAUGAAGUCAAAAGCAGGCCAGCAAAAAGCAAUUAAUACUUGUGGAUCUCAUCUCACUGUGGUGUCCAUCUUUUAUGGAACUAUCAUCUACAUGUACCUGCAGCCAGGUAACAGUACCUCCAAAGACCAGGGCAAGUUCCUCACUCUCUUUUACACCAUCAUCACUCCAAGUCUCAACCCCCUCAUCUAUACCUUGAGGAAUAAGGACAUGAAGGAUGCACUGAAGAAACUCAUAAGUGUUGCCUAUGAAUCUACAAAAAUGAAGAGGAAAUGGAAAUCAUAG